UAAACACAAACUGAUUUGUGACACUUGUUCUAGGAUUGCACUUGUUGGAAUAACAACUUAAUAUAAUUGCUUAAAUUCGGUGCAGAAUGUGAAAGCGUAGUGUUUAAAUGAUCUCAUUAGGUUUAAUUAUUAUGGCGACAUGUGCAAUUUGGAACAACCUAAAUAAUGAUCGAUAAAUAGCCAGAUAGGGUCGGAUCUCAAAAUUAUGUCGGGACACGCAGUUGUUGUGUGGGAGUACGAAAUACAAAACGGCUAUUGGAAACCGUACAGCCCUGAGGUGAGCCAGCAUCUCGAACGAGCUAACGCGAAGCAGUUAACCAGAGUGAUUUUGUCUGAUGCUGAUCCGAGUUUACAAAACUAUUUUGUCAAUUUACGGACAUUGUCACAGGAGUUGGAAGAUUCUGAUGUGAUUGUUCCUGUAAGAAGGAAAUGCUAUCCUCCCUCUUCACCAGCAGGUAAGGGUGCCAAAUGGGAGUGUGUGGGACCAGAUCAUGAAUGGCAUGCUUUCGAUAUGGACAUACAGUGUCUUAUCGAGGAGGCUUGGGCCAGCGGAGAUCAAACUAUUGAUAUGAGCAAAACACAUUUAGGUUUUCCUUAUGUUAUAAACUUUAGCAAUCUGACACAAAUGUGGAUAGUCAAUGGCUAUGUCAGAAGUGUACGUAGAAUCAAACAGGCGCCUUACCCUUUAGUUAAGGUUCGCCUAGAAGAGUUAGCUCCAGUAACAGGUAGGAGAAAUGCAGAAAUGAGAAAAGCUUAUGUGAAUAAUGCUCAACAAAGUCAGUCCAGUAAAGUCAUAGGUAGCAGUGCCGCAUUAAACUCAACAACAGAAAAUAACAAAAAAGGUACCAGCAAAAAGAAAUCUGGCUCAAAGGGCAAAACUAGCAGUGAAAACACUCCAACAAAUCUGGCUAGAACAAUUUUGAAUAUGUUUGGUCAUAAAUCUACCAAUAAUAAUACUUCCUCACAAGUUGGAGACAAUAAUAUGUUGUUAGAUGCAGACAGCAGCAGCACAAAGUCUGGUCGUAGGCCUAGUUUGGAUACUGUAUCUACUUAUCUCAGCCAGGAAAGUAGAGACAGUCAAGCUACUGCUUCUACAGCUGAUUUGAUUAAUUGCAGCGGCAGUGAUGAUGGUCUGGUUGAUGGACUAGAUAGCAUAUCAGCAAUUAUAGGUGUAGAUCCUGCUAGCGCUUCGAUCUCCCGUUUUGUAAGAGUGUCAAAACCUAGUGAGUGGGCACCAAGGCAACCUUGCCCCCUUUGCCGGCAACCCUUGAAGCCUACUAUCUUGGUGAUUGCUCUGCCUUGCAAUCACGUUCUGCACUUGGAUUGCCUGAAUUACUCAUUAACAGAAUUGCAAGAAGCAGGAAACCUAUUAUAUAUUCAAUGUUCAGUGUGUGGGUGCAUUUAUGGAGAAAAACAUGGAAAUCAACCGCCUGGCACAAUGGAAUGGGGAGUUAUGGAUAGGAGCCUACCAGGGUUUCACAAUUACCGCACUAUCCAGAUUAUCUACAAUAUUCAAUCAGGUAUUCAGACGGAAGACCACCCAAACCCGGGACGAGAGUAUUAUGCGGUAGGUUUCCCGCGAGUGGCUUAUCUCCCAGAUAGCCCCAAGGGCAGAAAAAUCUUGAGACUUCUUAGUGAAGCCUGGCAUCGCAAGCUAAUAUUCACGGUAAGCAGGUCCAACACAACCGGAUGCGAAGAUGUUGUGUCCUGGAAUAUACCCCACAAGACUGAGAUAGGGCCGAGCAACAGUAACCACAGUUAUCCUGACGCAGGAUACCUCAACCAAGUGUUGAGAGAAUUGGAGGCGUUGGGUGUGGUUGAAGAGCGACGUGAAAAGAAUUAGAAGGAAUUUAAUUAUGUGUUUUUUUUUUGUGGAAAAGAUCUACAUAGAUAUAUGUAUAUUUUUUGAAAAUUUUAUUAUAUAAAAUGGAUACUCUCUAAUCUGUUGUACAAUUUCAGAGUUUUUAUCAUUUUGAAUGCAAUAUUUACAGUUUUAAUAUCUAUUCUUUUUUAUAGCUUUAAAUCAAGAGUGGUAUAUAAAUGUAGAAAAAAUUAAUCUGUUGGAGAAGAUGGUGAUAUGGUGUGAAUAUAAAUUGAUAUUCCUGAAGAGUAUUUAAAUCAUGUGACUGAAGAUAGUAUUUUUUUUUACAAGAAGUGGGAACAACAAUUGUAAUUAAGUCUUUGGGUACUGUUAGCAUAAGAAUUAUUGUUACUAAGCAGCUGUUAUGGCGAUUUGCAAAAAUCGUCUAAUUGGAAUGAUGUGCAAGUACAAAUAAUUUAUUGUAUACCAUUUUUAUGCGGGAGGUUGAUGGGCGAAGUUUCAAUCUCCUAUUCAAAAAGUUAGGGUUGGUUCUUUUUAACCAAGUUAAUAUUAGCCAAAUAAAUAAUUAGGAAAAAUGGGUGGCCAAAACCUCUUUAAUAUAACUGUGUUUUAGAGGAUUUCUGCUGUAGAUAUGUCGUC